UCUCUAGCCCUUGUCUUUAGCGAUUUUUGCGUGGCCCUUCGCCCACCGUCAAGAGCCAGCGACGGUUCAUCAAAUUCUGUCGCGUUUGCUUGGCCGAGGCAGGUGCGCCCCGGUAGCCAUUUUUGCACCUCUGAGGUUUGGAGGUCCUUUUUUCACCUUUGAAGUCUCACUUUCGUAUUCACCAUCUCAGAACAGCGUGGUAAGAGCGGCCAGCUACAUAAACCCAUCAACUUGGAAUCCGACUACAACGCCCGUCACACCACCUCUCCUUUUCCCAACACAAGGCUUCAGAAUCAUGCCAUGCCAUCCCCGCAACCCCAUCGCAGUCACAAUCAAGUCGCUUGAAGAUGUAAAGGCGUUUUUCUAUCUCGCCACGCAGCGUCGUAUUACGGACAUACGAUCUAUUGAGCUCACUCUUAACGCCAACGAAUUCUGCGACUACAAAGAUGAUCUCCUAGCGAUGGCUUUCAAGCAGUUCCAACCUGACUACAAUCGCAAUCCACACAACAUCACCAAGAUUGUGAUCAAGGUGGAGGGCAUGAUACUUUUCACUCGGCAAACUUACAACACCAUCUCACCAGUUGCUUCUUGGUAUGUCGACAAGCGACUCGAAGGCCUGCUCUCCGGCAGGGCGACUGUCAAAGAGAAGGAAGAAACACCCUUUAGUGUCAUAUCGCAGGAGAAGGCUUUCGUGGGCGCACUCCUCGGAAUCCGUAAUGUACGUGAGGUGGAAAUCACGGGCAAGAUGGAACCAGAUCUGAGAGAGGAAAUCAUUGGGAACACAAUGACUAAAAUCGGCCAGCCUGUCCCCAUCGCGCCUACUCGUGGGCGUCUGGCCGUCAACGGCACCUUUUGGUCAAUGUCUUACGACCGCAACCGUGCCAAGGACAAGACCUACCAUCCAUACGCCCCGAAGAACGAGAGCAGCAGUGAUGACAGCUCUCCCGCUCCCCGAACUAGCCUUCGUCCCGGCAACGUGCACUCCGCGAGUUCAUACAGAAUCGAGACGUUGAAGCGCAUCGCAGCCAAACCACAGGACAAAGAUGAUUAUGGCCCGGGGAGGCAUGGGGUUACUGCGAAGCAUUAUGAGUACAUGGACCCUGUCGAGAAUCCGGAAGGCAGGACUGGCAAUGACUGGAUCAUUCCGACUGGAAAAGGUGCUAGUUGUGUGAUGGGUUGGAACGCCAUAGGCGACUUCAACUAGCUGUCUGGCUGGUCGACAGUC